AUGGCACCGGAUAAGAGGGAUACUGAGCCCAUCCCUCACCCAAGGGCCUUGCCUCUAGUCGGCAACCUCUUCGACGUGGCAGGCGAUGUGCCUAUUCUCCAGAUCGCGGAUCUAGGCAAACAAUAUGUUCAGUCGUCUGAAGGCGAGAUUUUCAGCCUCCAUCUUGGGGGUAAGAGACGAAUAUUCGUCAAUAGCCAAGCAAUGAUGAAUGAUCUAUGUGACGAGAAAAGAUUCAAGAAGGCUGUGGGCGUAGCGCUCCAGCAGCUGCGGAGCGGCGUGAAUGAUGGAUUGCUCACUGCUUACGACGGCGAGGAGAACUGGGGGACAGCACAUAGAGUGUUGGUCCCAGCAUUUGGCCCUCUGAACAUUAACGGCAUGUUUGAUAACAUGAAGGAUAUCGCAAGCCAGCUAGUCAUGAAGUGGGCACGACAUGGCGAAUCAUACAGAAUUCCAGUCUCGGACGAUUUCACCAGGCUGACUUUGGACACAUUGGACCCUAAGACUGGCAAACCUUUGACUGAUGCGUCCGCCAUUGACAACAUGAUUACGUUCCUCAUUGCUGGUCACGAAACAACCAGCGGCAUGCUGUCGUUUGUCUUCUACUACCUUCUCAGACAUCCCGAGGCUUACAGGAAGGCUCAAAAAGAGGUGGACCAUGUAGUCGGGCGAGAAUCAGUCCAACCAGAGCAUCUCAAUAAGCUGCCUUACAUUACUGCUGUGCUUCGAGAAACGGCACGAUUGCAGUCAACAGUACCUGCCUUCGCCUUUGAAACUCGCAGUGAGCAGGGUGAACUGUUAGGUGGGAAGUACUUCAUCGGCCCAGACGAGGCAGUCAUCGCCGUGCUACAUAACGUUCACCGAGAUCCUGCGGUUUACGGAGAAGAUGCCGAAGACUUCAACCCGGAAGGAAUGCUCGAUGAGAACUUCGAAAAGCUGCCGCCGAACUCUUGGAAGCCUUUUGGCAAUGGUGCCCGAGGUUGCAUAGGUCGACCAUUCGCAUGGCAAGAGAUGAUGCUUGUAAUGGCUAUGCUAUUGCAAUACUAUAACUUCACUCUGGAUGAUCCGCAGUACAACCUACAAAUCGCUUUCACCCUGACUAUCAAACCAAAGAAUUUGCACAUGAAGGCAACUCUGCGGGAAGGUUGGACUGCACGCUCGAUCGAGCAAAGCCUGAGCGGCUCAGUACCCGGCACGCAGCAUGUGCCCACGGUUCAGCCUGCGAACUCCAAACCUGUGAAUGUCACCAUGGACACGAACGUCACCGGGAAACCUUUAACAAUCCUUUACGGCAGUAACAGUGGCACAUGUGAAGCUUUCGCGCAGACUCUUGCUGCUGAUGCUUCUGCGCAUGGAUUCACAGCCACGAAGGUAGACACAUUGGACUCUGCACGACAAAAGCUACCCACUGAGGAGCCUGUGAUAAUCAUCACGGCGUCUUACGAAGGACAGCCUUGCGAUAAUGCUGCGUUGUGGUACGAUUGGGUCCAGAACCUCCCCUCGGAUCUUAAGCUGAAGACGAACUUUGCUGUCUUUUGCUGUGGCCACUCAGACUGGAAGCAGACUUUCCACAAGAUCCCAAUCGCCAUCGACGGUAAAUUGGAAGAGCUGGGCGGCGAGCGCCUUUGCGACAUUGGUCUCGCAAAUGCAGCCAACGCUGCCAUGAUGUCCGACUUUCAGACUUGGGAGGACCAGACCUUAUGGCCGGCGCUGACGAAGAAGUACGGCGGCAAUGCUUCAGAGUCUGGAGGAGCACAGUUCAGCCAGAACGUCUCCGUCGAAGUGUUCAGCAAAAGAGCAUCCGACUUACGAUCUGAUGUAUACGAAGCCAAAGUUAUUACCAGCAAGCUCUUGACAGCAUCUGGUUUAUCCGAGAAGAGAAAUAUUGAGCUGCAGCGGCCCUCGACGAUGACCUACAAAGCUGGAGACUACUGUGCUGUGCUGCCGCUCAACCCUCCAGAAUUGGUGCAUCGUGUCAUGACACGCUUCAGUCUGCCAUGGGAUGCAAUGCUCAAGAUUGCGUCGCGAACCGGGUCACAAUUACCCACUGAGCACCCUGUCUCCGCGCAUAACCUGUUCGCGGCAUAUCUGGAGCUCGCUAAGCCUGCAACAAGGAGAAAUAUCGCAAUGCUCAUCGAAGCCAGCAACGAAGAUGGAGUCAAAAAUGAGCUCACCAAGCUCAGCGGCGACAACUUCACAAACGAUAUAUCAGCCAAGCGCGUCUCGCUCCUCGACCUGCUCGAGAAGUACCCGACCAUCCAGCUUCCCCUCGGAGCUUUCGUGGGCUCCCUCAUCUCCAUGCGAGUGCGGCAAUACUCCAUCUCCUCAUCACCGCUGUCAGAUCCAACCAAGCCCUCCCUAACCUACGCUGUCCUCGACGAACCAUCCCUCAGUGGCCGCGGCCGACACGUUGGCGUAGCCUCACAUUACCUAUCGACUCUCCGACCCAACCACGUGAUCCAUGUCGCUGUCAAACCCAGCCACCAAGCUUUCCACCUCCCCAACGACGCCGAGAACACUCCGCUCGUCAUGAUCGCCGCCGGCACAGGCCUCGCCCCAUUCCGCGGCUUCAUCCAAGAACGAGCAGCGCAGAUCGGCAGCGGUCGCAAACUCGCAGCGGCACAUCUAUACUUUGGCUGUAGACACUCGUCAAAGGACGACAUUUACCGAGAAGAGCUCGACUUCUGGGAGAAAAUGGGUGCUGUGACUGUGCAUCGAGCUUAUAGCCAGGCGCCAGAGGAGAGUCGUGGGCACAAGCAUAUCGAUGAGGCUGUCCUUGCGGAUAAAGAGCUGCUUCUUGAGCUCUGGGAGCAGAAUGCGAGGGUGUAUGUGUGUGAUAGCAGAGGUCUUGGUGAGAGUGCGAAGAGCGCUUGCAUUGAGAUUGCGAGGGAAGCGGCAAGAAGGCGAGGCAAGCCUGAUAGCGAUGAGGCUCUCAACAAGUGGUUUGAGUCGGUACGCAAUGAGCGUUAUAGUACGGAUGUCUUCGCAUAG